AGGGGUCUUUGCAUUAUUGGAAUCAACCUUUCUGGAAUUGACUCGACUUCCACUUGCCCUCCGGGACUUUAUUCUGAGGACAAGGAUUGUGAAGCAAAUCGUCAUUUUUCAGUUCUCAUUCUGAAACACUAGAAAUGGCUUCCUUCUCCUCCUCCUACAGAGAAAGAAGUUGGAUGUACGACGUGUUCUUGAGCUUCAGAGGCGAAGACACACGCAACAACUUCACGGCCCACCUCUACAUGGCAUUAAAUCGUGCCGGAUUCAGGACCUUUAGGGAUUCCGAGGGGUUAAGAAAAGGGGAGGAUAUAUCACCCGCAUUGAUCGGGGCAAUCCAAGGCUCUAGGAUCUCUAUCAUCGUCUUCUCAGACAACUAUGCAAGUUCGAGUUGGUGUCUUGACGAGCUGCUGCACAUCCUCGAGUGUAAGGAAACACACGGCCAAAUAGUUCUCCCAAUAUUCUAUCAUGUUGAUCCUUCUAAUGUCAGGAAUCAGAGGGGUAGUUUUGGCAAGGCAUUUAAGAAACAUAAAGCGGCAUAUGAGAAACAUAAAGCGGCAUCUGAGAAACAUGAAGCUAGAGAAACGCGAGAAAAGAUAGGGGUGUGGAGAACUGCUCUUCGACACGCUUCACAUUUUGCUGGCUGGGAUAUCCCGACCGAUCAUUUAACUGGCAGGAGUGAACCAGAGGUUCUCAGAGAAGUUGUUGAGGAGAUCAGUAAAUGGGUGAACAACACCUGCUUACAUGUAGCCGUCUACCCAGUUGGAAUAGAGUCUCGCAUUAAAGACAUCAGUAAUUCUUUAUAUGUUGGAGUAGAUGAUGAUGUUCGCAUGGUUGGAAUUUGGGGUAUGGGUGGAAGUGGGAAAACAUCAAUUGCAAAAGCUCUCUUUAACAAAUUUUAUCAUAGCUUUGAAGAUAAAAGUUUCCUUGGAAGUGUUAGGGAAACUGCAAAAGACUCGAAAGGUAAGAUUACUUUGCAAGAAAGACUUCUUUCUGAUAUCUUGAAACCAACCAAGGUAGAGGUAGGUGAUGCUAAUAGAGGGAUCGUUGUGAUAAAAGAACGACUUGGAAGCAAAAAGGCACUUGUCAUUGUUGAUGAUGUGGAUGAUGUGGACCAAUUAACUGCAUUAGCUAUAAGGCAUGAUUCCUUUGGUCCCGGAAGUAGAAUAGUUAUAACAACAAGAGAUCGACAUUUGCUAGAGCUGCUUAAAGUGGAUACAAUACAUCUGACUCAAGAAAUGAAGGAUGAAGAAGCUCUGGAGCUCUUUAGUUGGCAUGCCUUUCAAAAUCCUUGUCCUGAUUCAGGAUUUUUGGAACUCACAAGAAGAUUGGUUGCUUACUGUGGUGGUUUACCGCUGGCUCUUGAAGUUUUAGGGUCUGCUCUCUUUAAAGGGAGCAUAAGACAUUGGAAAAGCACAUUGAAGAAAUUGGAAAAAUUUCCUGAUGACAAAAUUCAUAAAAUCCUCAAAAUAAGCUUUGAUGCGCUUAGUGAGGAUCAGAAGGAAAUCUUCCUCCACAUAUCUUGUUUCUUCGUUGGAAUGGACAACAAAUAUGUCACACAAAUCCUGCACGGCUGUGGUCAUUUUCCAGAUGCAGGAAUCGGUGUCCUCCUUCAACGUUGCCUUGUAACUGUUAGUGAAAGAAACAAGCUCAUGAUGCACGAUUUGCUUCGAGACAUGGGCAGAGAAGUUGUUCGUGCUGAAUCCCCUAAAGAACCUGAAAAACGUAGUAGAUUGUGGCAUCAGGAAGAUGUAAUAGAUGUAUUGACAGAAGAAUCUCAGGGAACUAUAAGGAUUGAAGGACUAGCCCUAAAUUUGCAAAGAUCUGACACAAAGAGGUUCAGAACAGUAGCAUUUAGAAAGAUGAAGAGAUUGAAAUUGCUCCAACUCAACUAUGUACAGCUCGAUGGAGACUAUGACUAUCUUUCCAAACAGUUAAGAUGGCUCUGCUGGCGUGGAUUCUCUCUCUCAACUAUAGGAAAUGAAUUUCUUAAUGAACAAAACCUGGUUUCCAUCGACCUGCGGUACAGCAAACUGGAACAAGUUUGGGAGCAGCCCAAGUUGCUUGAGAAGUUAAAGAUACUCAAUCUGAGUCAUUCACAUUACCUAACACACACACCAGACUUUUCAAAUCUCCCAAAUCUUAAAUAUCUGAUCCUGAAAGACUGUAAGAGCUUGUCUGAGAUUCACAAGUCUAUUGGGCAUCUUAGAGGACUUGUCUUGCUAAACCUUAAGGACUGCAUAAUGCUCAGAGACCUUCCAAAGUGUUUUUAUAAGUUGAAAUCAGUUGGAACUCUUGUUCUUUCUGGCUGUUCGAGAUUUCAGAAUCUGAAUGAUGAUAUAGGGAACAUGACAUCAUUGACUACUCUUCUUGUAAGUGGCACAGCCAUCAGUCAAGUACCAUCCUGUUUGGGAAGACUGGAGUUGAACUAUUCAUCACUACAAGACCUGAUUCUUGUGAAACACCAUUUCCCAGACGUUCCUAGAUACCAUUUUCCUGCUCUACCACGAGGCUUUACCUCUUUAAAUAUGGGAAGCAGUAGUGUUCAUGGCCUUCCAGAACAUCCAUGUUUCAAUAAUUGCACAAACGUUCCUGCAAGUGAAAAUUUACGAACUAGGUCGAACGAAUUGGAAUCAGAUCACCGUACUGCACUUGCAAUAAUUCCAAGUUCUUCUAAAUCAUCGAGGCAGAGCAUCCUACAGGGAUGGACUGCAAAUGGAGAGGGUGACCUUUUUUUCAAUGAUUGCAUAAGCCUCAGUGACCUUUCCAAUCUAAAAGGUAUGCGUUUCAACCAUUGCACAAGCCUUCUUCUAAACAGAGAUAUAGCAACUAGUUUGAAGGAGUUGGAAGCAGAUCACUAUACUAAUGCACUGGAAAUAGUUCCAAACUUUUCAAAAGCUUCGAGGCAGAGCAUCCUACAGGGAUUGACUGCAAGGAGAGAUGGUGGCAUUUGUUUGCCAGGAAAUGAUUUUCAAAAGCGGUUCAUAUAUGUCAGAAAAAGCGACCAAGUCUUUUUCCAAAUGCCUCAAAUUAUUGGUUGCAAUUUGAAAGCUUUGACUGUGCGCGUCGUUUGUUCCCACUAUUUCAGGGAGGACAUGUCUCCAAGUUGUAAUUCCAUUUUUGUUACAAAUCACACGAAGCUCAUUUGUUUUGUUGUCCGGCCAGCUUAUCCCACUGAGAUAACUUCACAUGAAGUUAUUUGGCAGGGAAAUUUAUCAAACAAUCAGCUCAAUUUGGAAGGCGGCGACUUUGUUGAGGUUGAAGUUGUGACUGGAUCUGGUUUGAGAGUGAAGAAAACAGGGGUCAGUCUAGUAUGGGAUCCCAAACUUAUCAAUGAAAGUACGGAGUGUGAGCCUAUCCCGUACGAAAAUUUGCAGAGUGAUACUGAUAAUCAAGCAGGACCAAGCCAUGAAUUAUCUGAUGAGGACCGUCCUUUGAAAAGAUUGAAGUCUGUAUGCAGGGGUAGCCCAUGAGUCUGCAAAUAGACAGGCUCAUGAGAAGUCCAAGCAGAGAACCCGAACCCCAAGUCAUCUUAAAGACUUCGUCAUCAAGUGAAGGUGGAUAUGUUUCGAGCAACAAUCUCUUUCUUUCUUUAAUUAUGAAGAUUGUAAUCUUUAGUUUAUUCUUGUUCGCUGUCCAUUUACUAUUAGCUUUGUUAUCAUGUUGAAGUUGAUCUGUAAACUAAUCAGCGCUUUGUGCUAUAUAAAUUUACAUACAGCUGGAAGCUUUUUGCCGCAUACCAAGUUUGUUCUCAU